AUGGCGGACUCAAAACGAGUAUCACGGUGUAACCACGAUAACAGAAGAAGGAUGUUUACUGGUAGAUCCUUGCAACAAAGUUCAAGAUUAUUCUCGACCUCUGUGAGGUUGCUUAAUGAAGAAGCCCCUAAAUUCUCCAAAUGGGGUGCUAAGGGUGCUCAAUCUAGUUCACAAAGUCUCAAUCAAUUGCAUAACGUCCUUCAGGCAGAAAAAACCCGUGCUGAAAAUGAAGAAGAAAUCACCAUCAACCCAAACAUACAGGUCAGACUCCAGGACACCCAAGUGUACGAUCCUUUUGAUUUCACUUUUGCCAAAUACAAGUUGGUGCAACGGAAGCGUCAGCAGAACAGAGGUGCCAACGACCAGUACUCCUCCGGUGAAGUCGUGGGGUUGAAUGCCAAACACGCCAAAGACGCCUUCAAAAGAAUCAACCUAAACCCAAUGAGCAUAUACACUUUUGGUCCACUCUUGGCCAACUACGUUUCUGAAACUGGAAGAAUCUACCAUAGAGACGUCAACAUUGGUUUGACUGCCAAAACCCACAAGAAAUUGACCAGAGCCAUCAACAGAGCCAGAGCCGCCGGUAUCAUGAGUAACACCAGUAGAUCGUCUUUUGAUACCAACACCAACUUCUCGGGAAUGUUGGAUGACACCGUUCGUGCUUAUCAUGAGAAUCCAAAACAUUCCAAAGUAAGCUUUUAA